CUCGUCAUACUGUCACACGUCUCGCUGCUGUCGCUUCUCACGGCGUGCGGCUGUCCUGCGACAAGGAGGUCGUUUGCCUGAUGCGGGGUCGCACUCUGGGGAACAGUGUGACCUCGCUGUACAGGCACCUGUGCGUCAGGCACAGACAACAGUGGCUGGCCAAGUCCUCAGAGUACCUCUCCAUGCUCAAGAAGUUUCUGACCCCGGGCACUGACCCCAGCACCAAUCACCCGCCAGCUGCCCCCGAUGGUGCCGGGGCCCACUCCAAAAUGGCUGCUGACGGUGUACGCGCUGGACGUGCUGUCACGGCUCGAGGAGACGAAGGCCAGGGUCGUUUUGAAGAUGGACUCCACGAAGAAGGUGACCAAGAAACUUGCCAGCACGGCGGCAUGGGCUACAAACGUGGGGAACGAGUUUGGGCAGGUCCUCGUCAGCGUCCUCGCGGUGGCGGAGGGCGAGGGCCUGCUGCCCAUGUGCGUCAAGCUGAUGGAGCGGUGCCGGCGAGCCGGAGAGGCCCCUCCUCGGCUCCUCUACGUGGACCGUGACUGCUGUUCCAGCGUGGGGAAGGGCAAGGCAGCUGCCUGUUCCACGAGUGGGACCGGCUGGUCGUCAGGCUGGACGUGUGGCACUUGGUGCGACGGUUCGCGGCGGGUGUCACCACGGCCGGUCACCGGCUGUACGGCCUCUUCGUGGGCCGCCUCCCCUUCUGUGGAUGGGAAGUGAUCCUACUCGGGUCUGCUACAGCGGCCAGCUGGAGCACUACGCCAACCAGCUGAGCCAGCAACUCCUUGGGCUCCAGCUGGCUGAGGAUUACACUAGUCCUGGAGAGUAUACAGGUGAGCUCAUCGGGGUGGAGUAUCUGUACUCUCAGACCGGCGUAGUGCUGCAGGAGGACCUCGGCAGGGAUCCAGACGCUCCAGAUGGGAUCAGCAAUGAAGACCUUUCGGAGCUGGAGAACGAGGGCUUCGUGGACAUGGGAUUUGAUGAGUUUGCAGACCCCGCCUGUUCCGAGCACAGUCUCGAACCACUGCCGCCUCUCCAUCGCGCAGCAGUGGAACCUCGUCACGGACCCGGUCCGACCCAGCCGAGUCCUCGGCGUCCAGGAUGACCAAGGAAACCGUCCCUGACGGCCAGGUUGCUACCCAGACUCGGGCUUUGAGUGGGGAUGAGGAGGAUGAGAGCCUGGGACCUGAUGGUGUUCCAAGCUACCAUCACGUAGUAAACCUGGACCUGCGUCACCAGGCCUUUGCGACACAGCAGAGGGUAGACAGCAUCGUCGCUCUCUGAGACAAACUGCCAGAGAGUGACGAGGGCGGCGUUGCCUAGCUGGCGCGUCACAGAGACCGACUUAUUAAGGGACGGAUUAAAAGCAGCCUCUCUAAGACCUCUAUUGUAGCUGGAACAGAGUCUGAAGCGCUGCUUCCUUGGACAAGGCAGCGGGCCUGCUCAGUGGCCCAGCGUCAGCCACCUGGUGGAGGCCGUGUGCCUGGCGCUUUGUCGGCUUCACCCGGCCGGUCAGACCGUCGCCGGCGUCAGCGUGAACAGGUGGGCUGCCGUCAUGAGGGACUACGGCGUCAUCAGGGACGUAGUCCUCGGCAGCCCCGGCCUCAUGACCCGGACCCGUAUUCAACUUUUUGAGUUGAAUCAGCGGACACUGACCCAGUGGUACAACGCCAGGAAGAAAAAGCAGGAACAGGAUGUUCUGCACCUGAGCGUUGGCCAGUCCAGCACUCCCAUGGUGGCCCCGGAACCCCUCCCUCCCGCGCUGAGUAAGCUCCCGGAGCGUCCGACUCGCGGGCACCCUGCCUUUGACUUUAACAUACAGCAGGAUGCGUCCAGGCAGGCUUCUCGGCGCGUCUGAGGCCAACCUCCUCUUCCUCCCAGUGAGACCCCGACGAGCUCCGGUCCGGAAGGCGACGCGGCUUCUGCCACCAUCGCCACUCCUACUGCCCCGGCCGGGCCCAAAGUGCCCCGGACCACGGCGUGGCGUUGGAAGAAAAAGGCAGAGGCCGAGGCCGAGGCUGCCGCCGCCGCGGAUGGACAGGCCGUCCCCGCGAAGCGAUGCGAGCAUGAACACUGCCUGCAAGCAGUGUGGCCAACCUAAAACUAAAGAGUUUGGUCACAGCAGGUUUCACGGGGUGCACUUCUGCGUGGCGGCAGCGUGGGAAGACCGUGGGUGGAAGAGAUGGAGAGGAGAUGCUGAAGGCAUGGCAGACACGGACCUUGAAUCUCUUACAUUUAAUUAUGAUGAACCACAAAGUGUCAUUUCUGAUGGAAUGUGUUACAAGGAAACUGUAGUCAAAGUUGGAUCCAUUACAGUUCCCAUAUUUUUUAGCAUUGUGGUCCUGCUCAGUCUCCUUGGUAACAUACUAGUGCUUGUGAUCCUUGGACUCUAUGAGAGCCUCAGAUCGUUGACCAACAUCUUCAUACUGAACUUGGCUCUGUCAGACCUAAUGUUCACUUUUGGUCUUCCAUUUUGGGCCUGUUACUACAUCUGGGGCUGGACACUGGGAGAUGCAGCAUGCAAAACUGUGAACUUUGUCUUCUCUGCUGGAUUCUACAGCAGCAUUGUGUUCCUGAUGCUGAUGACUGUUCAGCGCUACAUGGCAGUGGUCCACCCUCUCUCUGACUGGGAGAAAGGGCAAGGGUUUGCCGUCACUCCCAUCAUUGCUUGGGUGGUGAGCAUUUUUGCAGCACUGCCAGCCAUAUUGCGAAGUGGCGUCAUGCCAGACCCAGCAGAUUCUCAAAAACUUUACUGUGAGUAUAACAACAUAACAGCAUACUUUAUAGUAAUUUAUCAGCAGAACAUUUUCUUUGUGGUUGCCUUUUCUGUUAUGAGUUUUUGCUACAUAAGAAUUCUUCAGACCAUCUUAAAGUCUCGAACAAACAAGAAAAACAGGACUGUAAGACUCAUCUUUUGUAUUGUGGCAGUGUUCUUUGUUGGUUGGGCCCCUUAUAAUGUUGUAAUAUUCCUGAGGUCCUUAACUUACCAUCAGAUUGAGCCUUUCACAGAAUGUGAUGUUACUCAUCAUCUCGACUAUGCGUUGUACGUCUGCCAGCUGCUGGCCUUUUCUCACUGCUGUCUUAAUCCAGUGUUUUAUGUUUUCGUUGGUGUAAAAUUUCGUGAGCAUUUGAAUGCAAUUUUACAGAAGAUUUUUCAAGAGCAAAACUAUAUGAACAUCCAUGGUAUAAGAGUCACCUAUGGUCCAUCUCAGGGUACCAUGUAGGGACCUUGUGUAAUUACAGGGUUACAAUAUUUUCAAUACUGCAUGUUUAAAAAA